AUGAUCAGGCAUUGGAAACUCUUUCCAUUUACUUUCUACUUUACGUUAUUGUUUCAAAUAAUAAAUGGAACAUCUCCAACCGGUUGCAGUUAUGACAGCGCCUUUUCAUCAACGGGGAUUUAUACUUGUGUAUUUGGAAGCUACACCGAACCUUUGACUUACUCAGGAUUUUCAAGUCCUCUUCCACAAAGACUGAUGAUAACGAAUUUAAACGGAAACUUACCAGCCAGUGGAAGUGCGUUUUCUGGAUUUUCUAGCUUUACCUCUGGUUUGUUCGACAAAAAUUACCCAGCUUACCUCGACCUAGUCUGUACAACGUCAGGUUCGAUAACUCUUACAACAAGUACCUUCACCGAUAUGAGUUAUCUACAAGAAGUUAAAUUUUCUUAUUGUAACAUAGUUUCCUUAUCAAAUGGCAUGCUGGGACCAUUCGGAAGUCUGAACUCAUUGAUAUUUGAACACGGGUCCAUAGCUUCUUAUUCGGCAGACUUUUUGACAUCUGUUACAAUAGAACCACUUGCUGUUGCAGAACCUACGGGAGAACUUAUUAUAAAGGAUUGUUCGAUUACUCCAACUACAAUACCCGCAGGUGUGUUCGACGGACAAACGUCAAUACGAACAAUAAAAUUAGAUAAAGCUGGUGUUACAGCUAUUGAUGCUUCAGCCUUUAGUCUAACAACUCAGCUCAAUUAUAUAUCCCUGGUUGACAACUCUAUUACGUCAUUGGAGAGUAACCUCUUCACAAGUAUAAAAAGUCUGUCGUCCAUUGACCUAGGUGGACUUGCAUAUGACUGUUCCUGUUCAAAUUUAGACGUUCUAACGUAUUCUAAUGAAAACUCUGUGAAACUGCCGUCUGACUUGAUUUGUAACACACCAGCUAGUUACCAAGAAAAUAAGCUUUUGAAAUAG